GAAAGUGCCUAAUCGUUUUGCUUUUUUGAUCGGUGACGGAUAUGUUACAAAUCGCGUUCCGGAAAAUAAUCGGUAUUUUGUGGUGAAAAGUGAUUCAAAACUAAAAUAUUUUGUGCUUAUUGUGUGCCGGAUGAUACUUACUACGGAAUAAAAGUGAAAAUCUAGCUCAGGAAGUGCGAAUUGGUUGUAAAUUUACAAAAACAAGGUAGUGACCACUUGUUGGAUUACUUUUUUUUUUCUUGGGAAAAAAUAUUAAAACUACUUAAAUUUAGUGUAUAAAUCGAGUUCAACGAAAAUAUGCAUUUAGUUACGAACGAAUCCGAAUAAAUUGACACUAUGGAGCCUGUUUUUAUCGAUGAGAGGCAGGAUAUACAGAAGAAGACAUUCACGAAAUGGAUCAACGGGUAUCUCGCAAAGUCAAACACCACUCCAAUCAACGAUUUGUUCGAAGACUUGCGAGACGGCCACAAACUGCUUUCCUUACUGGAGGUGUUAACCAAUCAAACUUAUAAACGUGAAAAAGGCUGCAUGCGAGUGCAUCAGAUCAACAAUCUGAACAAAGCACUGGCAGUAUUGCAAGAAUGUGGAGUCAAACUUGUCAACAUAUCCAGUGACGAUAUCAAUUCAGGAAAUGCGAAACUGACGUUGGGACUCAUUUGGUUGAUUGCAUUAAGUUUUGACGGACAGAAGUUAGUCAACUCCCAAGCGAUCAGUGGUAUCGAGAAAUCAUUACUCAACUGGACGCGUCAGUUUGUGGAAAAACAUGGAAUAAAGGUUUCUGACUUCUCGUCCAGCUGGUCGGACGGAUCUGCAUUUUUAGCCAUCUUAGCCGAAGCCAUUUCUACGCUGGAUUUGCAGGCAGCACUCAAAAAGCACCCAAUUGCCCGACUUCGUAUGGCAUUCGACUUAGCAUACAAGCACUUAGGAAUCGAACAAUUGCUAGAUCCGGAGGAUGUCAAUACGAACAAACCCGAUAAAAAAUCUAUUUUAAUGUAUGUAAUGUGCCUAUACAAUGCUGUUGAUUCCAGACGGCUGGAACUACAAGGGAGCAUUCAGCAUUUAGCACAGCAUGUAGAAAGCAUGGAGGAAAUUCAACUUCUUUGCGAAAAAGACAUAGAAGACGAUACGGACGAUGACUCUAGAAAUAAUAAUAACGGCUUAGAUCAGCUUAGGGCAACCACUACGGACAACGACGAACGAAUGCCUUCAGCUCAUGCAGGAAAUUUGGCUCAUCUGGAGGAGAUAUCGCUGGCCCAGUCCAUUGAUGAUCUGCGAAAUUUCAAUAGGGAAAAUAAGGUGAAAGUGCUAUCGCAAACUAAACCAAUUGUUCAACGGUUGGAGCACACUGAAGUUACUGGUUCGAAUCUUAAAUUGGGUGACUCAGUUUCAUUACCAGAUAAAACUGAUUCCUUCUAUUGGGAACCAAAAUCUUCCCGUCCAGUAUCGACGGCUACGAACUUCUCAGUAGAGUUUAGCGGCUACCAAACAGCGGUGGAGGAAGUUCUCACGAUGCUCCUGGAAGCGGAAGAACUCUUUUCUAAAGAAAUAGUUGAUGCUCAAAGUUUGACCGAUGCCAAGAAACAGUUCCACGAUCACGAAGAAUUUAUGGCAAAGCUUUCUGAAUAUCAAACCUUCGUUUGCGGUGCACUUGAUGAAGGCUCGCGGUUGAUUAGUGAAUCGCAAGCGAACCCUGGUUCGCACGGUCUGGACCAGGAAGGUCAAAAUGAAAUUAAACAGCAACUAUUUCUGCUGAAUGAGCGUUGGGAAAUGUUGCGGGUAAAUGCCCUCGAGAGGCAAUCCAAAAUUCACAAAAAGCUGGCAUCGUUGCAAAUGGAAAAGGUCGAAGAGCUGAAAAUUUUUCUGACGAUGAUUGAAGACAGAAUAUCCCGCAUGUCGGAGGUCGGGCCAACGCCCGUCGAACUGAAGGCCCAGCUUGAGCAACAUAAAGUUUUGCAAAAUGAUAUGGAAUCACAGGAAAAACUAGUCGACAGCCUUAGCAAUCUUGUUAUCAUAAUUGAUUCGGAUUGUUUCAGUGAUUUGGAAGAUAAACUUUCUGCAUUAGAAGAGCGGUGGUCACAUCUUAUAAAAUGGAUAGCAAACAGAUGGGAAAAACUGCAAAACUUGAGCCAACGGUGGACCAAACUUUCUGAAGAAUAUAGGAUUAUCUGCCGUUGGAUAGAGUCCCGGGAGUACAAUCUGAAGAAGAUGGAGAUGAACGAAACGGUAGAAAUGGGUGCCAUGAUGGAAAGAAUAAAGUGUCUACAGUAUUGCAAGCAGGACAUUGUUGCUCUGGCUGAAUGCUUGCAAGAAUUGGAAACAUCAGCUCAGUCACUCAAAGACGAAGGUUUCUCUUCGUUGAAUAUUUUGUCAAAAGUUGAACACUUAAAUGACAUGUGCGAUGCGCUAACACAAAUACUUGAAGCGCAAGAGGCUCGAGUAGAAAACAUGGGCUUCCAAGUUCCGGAAAUCUCCCCCAAUGAUGGGCAGAAAAGUUCGCUUAUGAAACCUCAUUCAUGGGAAGACUUUCAAAUAAAAAUGCGCGAAGAGACCCAAGAGAUCGUGGACAUUUUUGUGGAUAAUUUGGACAACUCGGAAUAUUCACCGCAAUCAGAGAAAAAACGCAAAAUUGAACAACCUGAAAUGGUAGUUCAGUUGAACGAACUGAUGUAUGAUAUAAAAAGUUCUUUGAAUGAAUGUGUAGACAAGCAGAACGAUUUCGAAAAAGCUGAUUUGAAACGAAGACUAUUGUUGUUGGAAGAGGUCGGCGUCAUUCUCGACAAAAGAAGCGAAGAUCAUUGCAUAGCGAAAGAAAUGUUGGAUAAAUGUCAAAAAAUGCCAAAUCUUGACUUAACCAUUGAAACCACUCAAUUAGUUGAAAUGGGCAACAUGAUUAACACCAUACGAAUUAGAUUGGACGAAUCCAGUGUCGAAUUGAAAGCCCUAGUUGUAAAAGAUAAAUUCAGUAGAAGUUUGACUGGUUUUAAACUUAUUUUAGCUGAUACACGCGAUUGGUAUCAACAGAAGGCAAACGUUGUUACAAUUGAAGAUCUUGAAAAACGCCUCUCUGACAUGAACUCGUUCUCAGAUGAAAUUGAGGAAAACCGCCAAGUCCUACAUUCAUGCAGCGGACAAGACUGGACAGCUUGGAAACAUGAUUUCGAACUAUUCGCCGAAAGUUGGAACGACAUGAAGAAUUCCAUAAACCGUUUGAUCAUCGAUAGAGGUUGUUUCCAAGGUUUUAGCAAUCAAAUUCAAGCCAUGCAAGAGCUGGUGGAUCAAGUGCAACAAUUACCAAUAAUUUAUUUUAAUCUGAAAGACAUGCAUCUAAAUCUAGAAAACAUGCAUUCCAUUAAAACUAUUUACAAUAAACAAGUUGACGAUGGUUACGGAGAAGUCAGUACCAAACUGAUGGUGGAUAGCAAAUAUUCUCACUUGGCCACCGCAUGGUCCAACAUUCCACAGUCAUUGAAUGACAAUAUUAUCAAACAAAAUAUUGCCAUUGAAAACCUUAACCAUUUUAAUUCAGAGUACGCCGACGUAGUAAAUACGCUGGACAAAAUUGAGCACAGUUUGAAAAAUGAAAUGUUCAUCCUAGGCGAAAUUAAGGCUUUAGAAAUGAAAAUUAAGGAAUACGACCAAUAUGCUACGGAGCUCAAAAAAGUAGACAUUGACAUCAUCAGCAUAAAGAAUUUCGCAGAAAUAAUUGUCAAGAAUUGCGAGGAUUUGUCGCAGAAUUCGCUGGCUGCCCUAAUUGACGUACUCUGUGAACGACAUUCGACCAUUUCCAGUCAGUACCGUGAAAAUCUAACUAAAUUGAACCAAGUCAAAAGCACCACGGAAAGUAUUCUAUUGAAGGUACACGAAACUGAGUCCUGGCUGAAUGACUUGGAACUGAAUACACCUAAAAGCUUGAAUUCAGAUAUCAAAAGUUUAAAUGAACUGUACCAGGUUAAAUCAAAAUUUCAAGUGUUGAAAGAAACUUGCGAACAGCAAACAUUGAAGUUCCGCGAGUUGAAUGAGUCUGGUAAUGAAGUGUUACUGCAAAUUGAUGAACUGAUUCAAACUAAAACCGACAACAAGGUGUCAUACCUGGCGAAAAAGUUCACCAAACUGAAUGCCAGGUGGAGCGAAGUGACCUCGCUGGUGUACACGCGUACUGCUCUGUUGGAGCAUGUUUCUAGUCAGAUGGGAGAAUUUAAAACAUUGAUAGUGGCCGAAACCAACUAUUUGGAUAAGUUGGAUAAGCUACUGAGGAAAAGCCCGGAAAGUGCCGCAGACGCGGAGGAAAUAUCGGAGGAGCUUGAUGACAUUGAAAAUUAUAUCAGGAACCAUCCUCAAGCGAGAUAUGACAAAAUCAUUUCAAUUGGAAAGGAACUGUGCAAUCUUGAGUUCAUGGUAGAAUCCAUUGAAGAGGAUAUACGUUGUGUUGGCGACAGAUGGGAAAGCUUGCAGGCUCAGGCACACCAACGAACCGUUAAAUUGGAACAAGCAGUUAAGGAGGCGCAGUCUUCUGAAAGUCAAGUUUCCUGUCUACAACAAUGGAUUUUCCGGGUGGAUGGUAUUUUGAGUGAUUUUAUAGAAAAUGACACAACUAUUGAGGACGUCCCUCAUGAUUUCCAAAAAUUGCAAGAAGAGUUCAAUCAUCACAAAGAAGUGUUAGUGGAAAUGACGAAAAAAGUGGAUCACUACAAAACGGAAGGUAAACUGGAAGCGGCUAAUCGGUAUCAAGAUCAGGUGAAACUUCUACAAGAUCAGUUCAAGUCAUGCCUUCACAAACUGAAUCGCCUGACUUCACCGCAAGCUAUGUUCGAAACCAAGCUAUCUCAUGCCUUGGCAGAGCUGCGAAAUGUCGAAAAAAGUGCAGUUAUAUUGGACACUUCAUCUGCCGGUCCAUCACACUUGCAAGAUCAGUUCCAGCAUUGUCUGAAGAUGUAUCGGAUUUUGUCGGAAGUGAAGGGCGAAAUUGAGCAGGUAAUUCGCACUGGUAGAAAAAUUUGUGAUGACAAAUCUACUGAAAAUCCUGCCAAACUCGGACAACGCAUUGAUACACUGAAAUACUUGUACAAUUCUCUUGGGGAAACCGUAACACAGUCAAAAAUAGCAUUAGAGAGUUUAUUAAAAAUUAUGCGAAAUUUGGAGGAAAACUUGUCACACGUGGAAAAGUGGAUCACUGCAAACAACAAUGUGAAGCAGUCAACGGAAGACGACGAACGAAUUGCACUCGGUAAGAUGAACGCCUGUAAUGACCUAUACGACGAGUAUAAAAAGGUUUGCGAUCCGUUGUACUUGGAAGACUUGCGGGCUCAAAUUACCGAUACAGAAAAACGUUUUAGAGAAGUUCGGAAUUCGGAUGUGAAGAAAAAAUUGACUCAUAUGAAAAAUACAUUGCAAAAUGUUGACUCGAUGGGAAUUGAUGUUUUAAGGUCCAUGGAACAGGACCUAAAGACAGUCGAAACAAACAGUGAUGCAGAAGUUGAAGUUCUUCUGGAAAAAGUUUCUCAAAUAUUGCAGGAUGCAUUGAAAGAAACGAAACUCAACCAGAGAGAAGACUACCAUGCAGAGUUUGUCGUCCUCAGUGACACAGUUCGUCAAAGACGAGCCAACAAAACACCGAAUUUGUCUCGUAAAGAGGCGCAUGCAAACGAAGUAGUUGUUCAAAAUCUUGAACAGCAGAGCAAUGUUUUGCCUGACGUGCUUCCCGCUACUUUUAGACUGGCUGAAACCAGUGUAUUAUUUUCGCGCAUAUCAAGUGAUAACCCCUUACCGCAAAUAAUUCCAGAUACAAAACCAAUCCACUAUAUGUAUAACGAAUGUUCCGUAGUUGAAAUUAAGGAGAAAAACGUCAGUACUAAAAUGUCGGUUCAAAACAUAGAUAUGGCACUUUGGAAUAAACCACAGCAUGGGCAAAUUGUCGACACAAUAAACAUCAUUGAAACUUGCAAAUCAUUUGAACCGGAGUUCGUUGAAACGGUACAUAUCAUAGACGCAUCAUCUGAUACUGAUACUAGUUGCCCAUCGCCGAAAACAGAGCGAAAGCCAAUCAAUAUUGCCAAGCCAUUGAUUGGUGUAGAAACGAGCACACCUAAGUUGAGUAAACUACUGGACAGGCAAAAAUCAUCGACACAAAAUCAAAACCAAAUUAAACAGACAGCGGAUAAUUCGCCAAAAUUCUACACGUCCCUAAACGAUGAACGUGGUCCCCUGAAAGAUUUAUUUAUGCCCAAAGGGUGGCCAACAUUGGAUCCAACUCUGAUGAACUUUUUCUGCGAUGAACGAGACAGUUUUUACAGUUCCGAUAAAGAGAUUUACGACGAACCACUUGUAUUCUCGGAAGAUGAAGACAUACCACGAUAUUCAAUUGAAAUGGCUACUGAUUCGGACAGCGACACGAGCCGAAUCGAGACGCCGAAUGCCAGCAAGUUGGGCGAGAAAAAUUUCAAGAUUGCUUCACCGGGUGAUCAACCCCCGGUAAGUCCCAUUGGAAGCUAUCGGUUCGACUCGUACAAGAAGCUUACCUCCCUUGAGCAACGAGUCGGCGAAUUCGACAAGACGGCUAAAUACAUGAUUAAGAAACUGGAACAGACACGCGAGAAAAUAGACAAUUGCGAUGAUGGACCCAGUGUGAUAGAGAAUCUGAAAUUGACCAUUGCUCCGGAUGCUGCAACGCUCAUAUCCCAAGGAGAUACGCUGAUUUUGGAAACGCAUGGGAAAUCAAACGUAUUGACUCAACGCUUGAUGGACACGCAAGCCCAGCUACGAGAUAAGUUUAAGGAAGUGCAAAAUUCAAGUAACUAUCCCAACAGACCAAUGCAACCUUCGCCAAAUUUGAAUGAGAGUGAUCUUUCGACCACUGAAUACUCCCAUCUCAAAGCUAUCGAUCUGGAGGAAAUAUCGUCCAAAGUGCUGAAACGAAUUGGAGAUUUGCUAACUAAGCCACUCACCAAAGACAACGAACUAGAACUCACCAAGCGGAUAUUGGACAUCAAGGAACGUCAAGAGGAAGUUAAGCUAGCUAUUGGCGUUGCAUCACAAACAACACCCUCUGAAAAAGUAUCCGACACGAUGACUAACUUAGAAAAAGGCAUGAGAGACUUAUCUAUACAUUUUGAUGAAACAAUAGCCGCAAUAAUUUCAUUGAACAAAAGUGGAAGCCGAGAAGCUGCAAAUAUGCUUAGUGAACACGAGUAUGCUAAAAUUUUAGCUACGAUGAACGAAUCAUCUCCGCACAAAAGGUCAUCAGAUCCAGUAUCUGCAAUUCACGACGUUAGUAGUGACAGCUUAUCUAGCUUAAUAGUUAGUAUCCAGGAAUUAUUAUCUGCACCGAUGAUAAAUAAUUCUAAAGAAUAUUUGAAUCAACGACUGUUCGAUGUACAGCGAAAGCAAGAGGAGCUAAGGCUGAUCGCAGACAUAAAAUCGCAAUCUCACACUGAAACGCGAAGUGUAGAAAACAUGGAUGUUCUGGAGAAGGUCACUAAAGAAUUGUCCAUCCAUUGUGAUGAGGUCGUUAAUGCAUUAGCAGCACUAAAUCGCACUCGCAUUGAGAACUAUGAAAACAGUUAUUCUCAAAAUUCCGAAAGCGCAGCUAGUGUAAAUGAUAGCAAAGAUACAGCAGGAUACAUCCCAGGGUCGUUCGCGGCGAAAUCGAGAGCUAAAAUAGUAGCCACCGCUUUAACUAAUAGUUUUGACCAUUCAGUGGCUCAAAUUGUUGAAUGGUUGGAAAUGGAACGUGAAAUGCUUAAAAAACAUUGCAUUGUUGUGGGUGACUACGACAUGAUUCUAGAAUCGAUUAGUAAACAAAAGAAUAUGCUAGUCGAGCUAGAAGUAAAAAAGCCUCGCCUGGAUGAAUUAGUCAAUACAGCCGACAGUUUGAAGACAGAGCUAAACAAAGAAUAUUUACAUAAUAAAGUGUCCCGAAUGCGUGAACAAUGGGAUGAGACGUCGCAGUCUGUUCUACAACGAAAAUCCCAAUUAACAGCAAUGCUUGGUGAUUCUCAAAGAUAUGAUGCAAAACGAAUUGAAAUUGAGAAUUGGCUGGCUAGAAUGGAAACAAGAUCGGAAAGGAUGGGAGUGGUCGCCACUACAGCAGAUGUGUUGGAGAUACAACAAAAAGAACAAAAAUCCUUUCAUGCAGAGCUUCAUCAGUACAAACAUCAUAUAGAGCUUUUCAAUCAGUUGACGCAAAAAUUAAUAGCAGUAUAUCCAUCAGACGACACAUCACGUAUAAAGCGUAUGACGGAAUCGGUGAAUUUGAGGUACAACAAUUUGAACAAUGCCGUUAUAUCAAGAGGCAAGAUGCUACAUGCGGCAGUUCAUUCACUGCAGUCCUUUGACAGGACGUUGGAUCAGUUUCUGGGGUGGCUGAGUGAAGCAGAGUCGUUAUGUGAAAAUACGGAAUCUGAUAUCGAUAGGAAUCCACAUGGUUAUAAGGAUCUACAAUCGGAAAUUGAAUCACAUCGCGUUGUAUAUGACCGUUUGGACAAUACUGGCAGAAAACUGCUAGGUUCGUUAACUUCUCAAGAAGAUGCUGUGAUGUUACAACGUCGACUAGAUGAGAUGAACCAAAGGUGGAAUCAUCUAAAGUCCAAGAGUAUUGCCAUUAGAAAUCGCCUUGAGUCCAAUUCGGAGCAUUGGAAUGCACUAUUAUUGUCGUUAAGAGAAUUGACAGAAUGGGUCAUCCGCAAAGAUACAGAGUUGACUUCCUUGGGUUUAGGUCCAAUGAAAGGUGAUGCUGCAAGCUUACAGAAACAAAUGGAUGACCACAGAGCGUUUAGACGGCAACUAGAGGAUAAGAGGCCUGUUGUUGAAAACAAUCUCCUCAGUGGUCGUCAGUACGUUGCUAAUGAACCACCAUUAUCAGACACCAGUGACUCAGAAGCUAUUGAUAGUGAGUCUCGUUACUUAUCAGCUGAAGAGCAGAGCCGAGAAUUGACCCGCAGUAUUCGCCGUGAAGUGAAUAAAUUAUCAGAACAGUGGAAUCAUUUAAUUGACCGAUCUGAUAACUGGAAGCACCGUUUGGACGAAUUUAUGACGAAAAUGCGUCAAUUCCAAAAGGUUUUAGAAGACCUCAGCUCACGGGUGGCGUCGGCUGAAACAUUAAUUCAAUCGUGGACUUCUCCCAGUUCGUCUACGGAUGCUGCCGAACAGAUGCAACAUCUCCAACGUCUGAAAGACAAAAUGACUACUGCCGGAGCCUUGCUGGAUGAUUGUAACGAGCAACAGAGUUUCUUUACAGCAAAUCAUGUACUGGUACCUAAUCAAUGUCUUGCCAAAUUAGAAGAUUUGAAUACACGGAUGAAACUGCUUCAUAUCGCCAUGGAUGAACGACAUAAAAUUUUGGUAGCAAAUGGUGCCAAUCAGUCAGCUGAUCUUGAUGCCGAUGGUAAUAAAUCAAUACAAGGUGUAAGCAGCGGAACAAUCGGUCCUAUUCCAAAUUUAGCAAUGAGCGUCAAACCGCCAUGGGAACGGGCGACAACUCCAGCCAACGUGCCUUACUAUAUCAAUCACGAGCGAGAAAACACACAUUGGGAUCAUCCUGAAAUGAUCGAUUUAAUGAAAUCCCUAGCUGAUCUGAACGAAGUUCGUUUCUCAGCAUAUAGAACUGCUCUCAAAUUGCGCGCUGUUCAAAAGAGACUGGCUUUUGAUCGGCUAGCAAUGAACGUUGCCAUAGAAUCAUUUGAUCGUCACGGCCUACGAGCUCAAAACGACAAGUCAAUAGACAUACCGGAUAUGACAACAGUCUUGCAUUCGUUAUAUGUAACAAUCGAACCAAUUGAUAUGCCGCUGAUGCUUGAUUUAGCCAUCAACUGGAUUCUCAACGUGUACGACUCACAGCGAACCGGUCAAAUACGUGUUCUUAGUUUUAAGGUUGGCCUAAUUUUACUGUGUAAAGGGCAUUUGGAGGAGAAAUAUCGUUAUUUAUUCCGGUUGAUUGCGGAUCUCGAGAAAAAAGUUGAUCAACGUAAAUUGGGACUGUUGCUGCAUGACUGCAUUCAAGUGCCGCGACAAUUAGGGGAAGUGGCAGCGUUUGGUGGUUCUAACAUAGAACCGUCUGUUCGCUCAUGUUUCGAAAGGGCUGGUGUGAAUCAAAACGGUGAACUGACAGAGACGGCAAUUGAAGCGCAACAUUUUCUCAACUGGUUGCAACAUGAACCUCAGAGUUUGGUGUGGCUUCCGGUUCUACAUCGAUUAGUUGCAGCAGAAGCCGCUAAACACCAAGCAAAGUGCAAUAUUUGCAAAGAAUAUCCAAUCGUUGGUUUUCGUUAUAGAUGCUUGAAGUGCUUCAAUUUCGACAUGUGUCAAAGAUGUUUCUUUUUGGGACGUAAUGCUAAAAACCAUAAACUAUCACAUCCUAUGCAUGAAUAUUGCACAACGACUACAUCAACUGAAGAUGUUCGAGAUUUUACUAGAGCUCUCCGCAAUAAGUUCAAAAGUAGAAAGUACUUUAAAAAACACCCUCGAGUUGGAUAUUUACCGGUUCAAAGUGUACUGGAAGGAGAUGCUCUUGAAAGCCCUGCACCUAGUCCUCAACAUGGUACUCAUACAUUACAAAAUGAUAUGCACUCCCGACUUGAAAUGUAUGCAUCCCGUUUGGCUCAAGUAGAGUAUGGAACUCGAAGCAAUUCAACACCCGAUAGCGAUGACGAACAUCAAUUAAUCGCACAAUAUUGUCAAUCCCUACCGAAUAAUGGUGGACCUAAAUCUCCGGUACAAGUUAUGGCAGCGAUGGAUGCUGAACAGAGGGAGGAAUUAGAAGCCAUGAUUAAAGAUUUGGAAGAGGAAAAUGCUUCUCUUCAAGCAGAAUAUGAAAGGCUGAAAUCAAAGCAAACACCAAUAACUACGCCAGAUGAUUCUCAAAUGUCACACACCGCAGGCUCGGGUGGAAACGACAUGAUGGCUGAAGCCAAGCUACUAAGACAACACAAAGGAAGGCUAGAAGCAAGGAUGCAAAUUUUGGAAGAUCAUAACCGACAACUAGAAGCGCAGCUACAGCGGUUACGACAACUACUUGACGAACCGAAUACGUCCAAAGCAUCCACAUUACAAACACGAUCUGUUACAGCGUCACAACUCAACACGGAGUCACCAGCCAAACUUCAACAGAAUGGACAUUAUGAUCAGAAUUCAAGUUUAGAGAACGGAGCUUCUGCUAAAACAACAAUUUCACCUGCAUAUGUGGGUCAUUCCGGGAUUAGUUCUGGUGGUGGAAUCAACAACAUUAAUGAGCAUACUAAUCGUGCACCGUUAAAUAAUGUCAACAAGUGCAUAUCAGGUGGCAGCAAUUUUGGGUCUGUUGACACUCGGCCACCACCUCCUCCUCAUACAAGUUUGUUGCAUAUGGCUGGUGAUUUGAAUAAAGCCGUUGAGGAGCUGGUGAACGUAAUUACAGAACAGGAAAUUGAGCAGCAGAACGACAACGGAAUUCUCGAUUUGACUGAAAAAUAAUUUGAGCAUAUCCGAGCUAUUUAUUGUGGCUCGGGCAAAAUAUUCCUAUGUGGUUUGUAAUAUUUACAGUAGCUGUCAAAAACCGUAGCGAAUUAUAAAAGGUAUAUUACAUAAACCAAUAGAAACAUAUUGUUUCUUGAAACUAAUCUUAUAUGAAAACAAUAAUCUAAAGAUUAAGAAAGUCACAUUUUAUGCAGAAACACAACAUUAAGAAUCAUUUCUUGAAUGUACAUUAGCAGUUUAUCGUAUUUUUUAGGGAUUGACGUUUCUUAUCACAUCAUGAAAAAAUCAUUUAUAAUGUCUAUAAAGUAUUUUUUUUUUCAUUGUUGCAUUCGUGCAGGGCUCCGACGUGAUCGUGUGAAAACAUAAUUCGAAAAAGUCGGAAGGCUAGAAAAACGGGAAAUUUUGAAAUCCUACCGUAUAGAAAAGGAUGUCAAAAAACAUAUUUUGGCAGGCAGUACGACGUUUGCCGGGACUGCUAGUCAUGAAUAAAUAGAUCAAACAAAACUUCUAUGUUUCCAUUAUAUUUGUUAUCAUUCUACGAUAACGUUUGCAGAAUACAAGCAUUUAACUAAAUAUUAUUAUUCUUUAAUUUGGUCAUCAGUAUCGAUAUAUUUCUAACAUGAAGCCAUCAUUAAUAAAAAUAUAUAGAGAGUUUAUUUAAAUGACCUAUACAGAUAAUGUUUACCAAGUCUAAAGCUUAUAUUUCAUAUAUGUUCCGUUAUAAUAGGGAGAUUCACUAAAUAGCGUAAAUCGCUGAAAUAUUAUACUGGUUAAACGUUGCGGUCACCAAGGUAAUCUUUUAAAAUUUUAUUCGCAAUUUCAUGCAACAUUUUAAUAAUCAGAUAAUCAUGGCUUACACAGUUAUUCAGUCUAUUUAGUGAAUCCCCUUAAUAUUUGUUCUAUUGUUUUAAGCAUUCAAGCAUUAGACAAAUGAGCAUAGCUCAUUCUAAAUAAAUGUGACAAAUUAGUUUGAAACAAUGAAAGACAUAAAUUUAUGUUCGAGUUUAAAUUCAUGAUAAUGUUAAGGAACGCCAUUUCUCUUUGAUGAAUCGAUGAUAACUGUUGAACGUUUAGUAUCAAGUUAGAGGAUAAUUGUAACCUAUAAACAAUCAUGAAGUAUUUUAUGACGACAUCAAGGCUACUAAACCAUUUAUUGCAUUGCAUUCAUAUCAACAAGUAACAUGUACUUAUCGUUAAAAAUUUACGUCGAACGACCUGAUAGACAUAUGAAAUAAUUGAAACACAUAUCCCGAAGAUAGAAGUCAGUUUUUCCAAUACUUUGUUUACAACAUGGUUUAUAAACAAAGAAAUAUGCCCAGGAAAGCUUGGAAAACGAAUUUACAGGAGAAUCCAAUCCGCGAAAAUUGCAUGCUAGCCAUAAUCAACAUUAUAAUAUAGUACUCAUUGAAUAUUCAAAAAUAUCAGGGGUAUGUACCUAUAAGUUUAUUUUUGCAUUUUUUCAUGUAUAAUUGUAUUGAAAUAUGUAUUCGUAUUUUUUAAAUGCAAAUGUAAUAGCUACUAAAUGGAAUGUUUUUUUUUUUAA